AGUCAGUGAUUGUCGCUGGAAGUUUUAGUUAACAUUCCGACACAUGAUCGAACAACGCAUGUCGCUCGCAGCUCUUUGUCUCGCUUUGACACUGGGUCUGGCAUUGGCCGUGCCCCAGGGUCGUUUGCUGGGCGGUGAGGAUGCCAAGAUGGCCGAAUUCCCCUAUGUGGCAUCCCUGCGUCUCAAUAAGGCGCACGUGUGCCAGGCCAGCAUUAUAUCCGAAAUGCAAAUGUUAACCGCUGGCCACUGUGUGUCUGAUGUGGGCGCCAAGCCUGUUGAGGCAAAACAGCUAACCGCUCGCGUGGGUAGCAUUAAUCAGUUUGCUGGCGGCGAUCUAGUGGACAUUUGCGAGGUGGUCAUUCAUGCCUCGUAUGGAAACUUUUUGCACGAUCUGGCAAUAAUCACGCUCUGCGAACCCCUUACCUUUGGCGAAAAGAUAAACAAGAUUGCGCUCCCAGCGCCCAUUGAAGAGGGUGAGGUGGAAGAGGUGCCAACAAAUGGUACACCCGUCUAUGUGGCAGGCUGGGGUGAGCAGACGGAUGGCACCUCCAACUACAAGCUACAAAAGGCCAACUUUAAUACGCUGGGUAAAGGGCCCUGUGAGCUUGACGCUGGCUAUGGCUACGAUUCCACGCUAUGCCUGGCAAGGGCCGAGAAGCAAGGCGUUUGCCGCGGCGACGACGGUGCCGCUGUCGUCGAUGACGACAAUGUGAUCCAGGGCGUUGUCAGUUUCUUCUGGGGCGAUUGCGGCACUAAAUAUCCUGAUGUGUCUACUCGUAUCGUUCACUAUCUGGCAUGGAUUGAGGCCAAUAAGAAAUAAAGAAAUACAAAAAUUAUACAAAUA